AUGUGGCAUACAAUCGUGGGAGUGAUUCUGCUAGUGACAAUAGUCACGUCACCAACAAAUGCCAAAGUAUCAGUGGUGCCCCACGACGUAUACCCCGGCUUCGAAGUGAUGCAGUUGAAACACGACAGGAGACACGCCUCGAACUACCACUUACUCGAGACGGGUUUCUCCAAGUACUUCACAGUCCUUGAUAACGGCAUGGUGAUGACAACCUCUGAUCUAACACCCCUAGUCAACAAGCCAGUGAACCUCCUCGUCCUCGAGGAGUUACUGAACAGAACAGAAAUCCACGAUGUACAUUUGUUCGUAAUAAACCGUGGCAACAUGCUGACAUUUUCCCACGAGGAGUUGGGAGAUGGUGAAGUGAUUGAGAAUGCACCAGCCGGCACUGUAGUCGAUGAAUUUCCAGUAUUACACGCUCACGGAAGUUUCCCCGUGCAUUACACAAUACUGCCAGAUGAUUCUGGUGAGCGUGCAUUUGCCCUGACCGAGGAAACAUCCACGGAGACUGGCUUUAAUCUCACCCUCAAGAGACCCAGUCAGGGGGUGCGAGUGGUAACAUCUAAACCUCUGGACCGCGAAGUAAGGAAAGUGUAUACAGUGAUCAUUCAUGCAUCCGACGCCAAUUACAUAAGUACUUCCAAGAUCAGUGGGGUGGUUAAUGUUCUGGAUGAGAAUGAUAACAGUCCGGAGUUUGAUCGGGAGGAGUAUAGUUUCGAGUUGCGGCCGAUGAACAUAGAGACACUUGAGAAGGAUGGGGCGCCCAAGUGGAAGAGGUUUGCCACGAUUGGGAGAGUGUCUGCUAAGGACGCUGACGGGGAUAGGGUAGCUUAUAAGUUGAUUACACCGACGAAUGUGAUCAUUAUCGUACCACAAACUGGGGAAAUGCUGCUUGCUGGCGAGCCUGAUGCCGGGGUGGAUGAGGACAGCGAGCUCGAGGUGAUGAUUGACGCUCACGAUCUGAGGACGCCCAGCAGGAGCACGCUGAGACCGGCGAGGGUUGUCGUCAAGUUUCUGACUACUGAGCCCGUUGUCAGGGAGCCGGAGGUCCACAGGAUUCAGAAGAGGAGGGUCACGAGGGCCGUCAGGCCCACUAAGAAAGUCGAGUUCCUGGAGUCCGAGGGCGAUGUCGAGGGGAAGAUCGUGUUCUCGCUGGAGAAGGAGACCGAGAAGGAGGCUUACAAGAUCAGGGACGAGAACCAGUGGGUCACGGUUAUGACUAAUGGGUCCGUCAAGGUUAGGCAGAAGUGGGAUUACGAGGAACUCGGGCCAGAGAAGACUAUCGACUUUUGGGUUACGAUUACUAAUCAGAAGCUUCAAUACACCGACAAUCAGCGUGUGAUAAUCAACAUCAAGGACAUUAACGACGAGCCACCGUACUUCAUAAACAAGCCACUGCCGAUGCAGGCUGUGGUACAGUUGAAUGCAUCACCCAACACCCACGUGUUCACUCUGCAGGCACGAGAUCCAGAUACUGAUCACAAUAUCCACUACUUCAUUGUUCGUGAUCGAACUGGCGGUCGAUUUGAGGUCGACGAACGUUCGGGUGUGGUACGUACCAGGGGCACUGAUGUCUUUCAAUUGGACAUGGAGUAUGUGCUGUAUGUGAAAGCGGAGGAUCAGAAUGGAAGGAUCGACGAUAAACACUUUCAGUCAACUCCGGAGGAACGUUUAUCGAUUGUCGGGGGGAAACGGGCGCCGCAGUUCUACCUGCCUACUUAUGAAACUGAGAUACCGGAGAACCAGAAGAAAGACACUGAUAUUAUAUCCGUCAAAGCCAAGUCUUUUGCCGAUCGUGAAAUUCGUUACACCCUGAAAGCGCAGAGUCAGGGGGCCGCUGGAACUUUCAAUAUUGGACCAACUUCUGGCAUCGUGAAACUUGCCAAGGAAUUGGACUUUGAGGAUGUACGACAGCCCCACGUUUAUACCCUCGUUGUAACGGCCACCGAAGAUUCCGGUGGAUUUUCAACGUCAGUUGAGCUGACCAUCAGGGUGUCUGAUGUUAACGACAAUGCACCGAAGUUUGAGCUUCCCGACUAUCAGGCUCAUAAUGUGGAUGAGGACAUACCAUUGGGCACCAGUAUCCUCAAAGUCAAAGCCACUGAUGCGGAUUCGGGGAGCAAUGCCGAUAUCGAGUAUCUCGUAUCAGACGAUCACUUCAGUGUGGAUUCCAGUGGACUCAUUGUCAACAACAAACAAUUAGACGCUGAUAAUAAUAAUGCUUACUACGAGUUUGUAGUUACUGCUAAGGACAAAGGUGCUCCCCCGAAGACUGGCCAAGCAACAGUUCGGAUAUACACGAAAAACAAAAACGACGAGGAGCCAAAAUUUUCGCAACAAGUGUACACGCCAAACGUGGACGAGAACGCCGGGGCUAACACCUUGGUGACGACCGUUGUUGCCUCAGACAAGGACGGUGACAACGUGCGCUUUGGUUUUGUCGGAGCUACGACUGAAUCCGGGCAGUUCGUCAUCGAGGAGAUAACCGGCGUUAUUCGUCUGCGUGGCUCAGACAUAUCACUGGAGCGUGAUAAGUACGAGUUAAAUGUAACGGCAAUGGACGAUGGUGCUUGCUGUCCCGAUGGAAAGAAGAAUAUUCACACGAGUACAGCUGUUGUUGUUGUUUUUAUCACUGACGUUAAUGAUAAUAAGCCGGUGUUCAAGGAGUGCGGCAGUUACUCACCGAAAGUCGAGGAGGGGGCAGCCAAUGGCAGUCCUGUCAUCAAAGUACAAGCCACUGACGAGGAUAAGGGGGUCAAUGGACAAGUCAAGUACUCCAUUGUGCAGCAGCCCAAUCAGAAGGGAACGAAAUUCACUGUCGAUGAAGAAACCGGCCAAGUCUCGACGAAUAAGGUAUUUGAUCGAGAAGGAGACGACGGCAAAUUCGUAUCAGUGACAGUGAAAGCAACCGAUCAGGGUGAGCCAUCGCUCGAGGGCGUAUGUUCAUUCACGGUUGAAAUUACAGAUGUCAACGACAAUCCGCCUCUCUUCGAUCGUCAAAAAUACGUCGAGAAUGUCAAGCAAGACGCCAGUAUUGGCACCAAUAUACUCAGGGUAUCAGCAUCUGACGAGGAUGCCGACAAUAAUGGUGCAAUAAUAUACUCCCUAAGUUCACCAAACAAUCGACAGGAUCUUGAAUACUUUGAAAUCCAACCGGAAUCCGGUUGGAUAAUAUUGAAGAAGCCAUUAGACGUGAGUAUCACAUUUUUCACAAUCGUUUUUCCUCUGACCCACGUACGGUGUACUUCAGCGUCUACGCAUUUUGUGGGCUGUGCUCCACGAGACAGGUAUCGCCUGAAGGUGCGGGCCUCUGACAAAGGGACUGAAGUCUUGUCCGCUGACGUGGACGUUGAGUUAGACGUCGUAGACAGAAACAAUAAACCUCCUCUGUGGGAUGAGCAUGUAUACGGCCCCAUUCACAUCAAAGAAAAUGUCACAGUGGGUACUGUAGUGACGUCGGUGAAAGCCAGCUCGGGAAUCGAAAAUAAUCCCACGGUAUUUUACCACUUAAUGCCGGGGUCCACUGCACAGACCAACAAGUUUCAUACGUUCUAUCUGCAACAACGAUCGGAAACUUUAUCCAGGGAUAAUGUUACGUGGGCUGAUAUAAAAGUUAAUCAUCCACUGGAUUAUGAGAGCAUAAAGGAGUACAAUUUGACGAUACGUGUGGAGAAUAACGGUGCUCAACAACUGGCGUCUGAGGCGACAGUUUCUAUUGUCUUAGAGGAUGUCAACGACGAGAUACCAUUAUUCACUGAAGGAGAACAGGAGACUGUUCUCGAGGGAGAGCCUAUCGGUACCGUGGUCACUCAGGUGAAUGCUAUAGAUAAGGAUGGAACAUCUCCAAACAAUCAGGUCACCUACUACGUCGUAAACAGCAGUAGAAACGAGGGAAAAGACUACUUCGAAAUAAAUCGUGAAUCAGGCGAGAUAUUUACAAAGAUAGUAUUCGAUCGGGAAAAACAAGGGGCUUACGCGCUGGAAGUUGAAGCCAGAGACGGUGCCCCAUCUGCUCGACCAAAUAGCAACGGCCAGCCAAAUUCAGUGACGAAAUUCAUUCGGAUUGGAAUCGCCGACAAAAACGACAAUCCACCUUACUUUGACAAGAGCCUCUACGAGGCUGAGGUAGAUGAGAAUGAGGACAUUCAACACACUGUACUCACUGUCACCGCCAAGGAUCACGACGAAUCCUCGCGUAUUCGAUAUGAGAUCACAAGCGGUAACCUAGGUGGUGCAUUCGCGGUGAAGAACAUGACUGGGGCAAUUUAUGUUGCGGGUGCGCUGGAUUACGAAACGAGGAAGCGGUACGAGCUCAAAUUAACAGCAUCAGACAACCUCAAGGAGAACUACACAACAGUCGUUAUUCAUGUUAAAGAUGUUAAUGAUAAUCCACCAGUGUUUGAACGCCCAACUUACAGAACACAAAUCACUGAGGAGGAUGACAGAACUUUGCCGAAACGUGUUCUUCAGGUACUGGCAACGGACGGCGAUAAGGACAGGCCCCAGAAUAUUGUUUACUUCCUGACCGGUCAGGGAAUUGAUCCCAACAAUCCGGCAAACAGCAAGUUCGAUAUAAAUCGUACAACUGGGGAAAUUUAUGUUUUGAAGCCACUGGACAGAGAUCAACCCAAUGGCAGACCCCAGUGGAGAUUUACGGUGUUUGCUCAAGACGAGGGUGGCGAGGGUCUCGUUGGUUAUGCUGAUGUCCAAGUAAAUCUCAAGGACAUCAACGAUAAUGCACCCAUCUUCCCGCAGGGUGUUUAUCAUGGAAAUGUCACGGAGAAUGGCACAUCAGGAAUGUUGGUAAUGACAAUGACCGCCAUCGACUACGACGACCCAAGCGAGGGAACAAAUGCCAAGCUAAUCUACUCAAUCGAGAAGAACGUAAUCGAAGAGGAGACGGGCUCCCCGAUUUUCGAAAUCGAGCAAGAAACAGGUGUCAUAAAAACCGCAGUCUGUUGUCUCGACAGAGAGCGAACACCAGAUUAUUCCAUACAGAUAGUCGCAGUGGAUGGUGGAUCGUUAAAGGGUACGGGUACUGCAUCGAUACGAGUGAAAGAUAUAAAUGACAUGCCACCACAAUUCACCAAGGACGAGUGGUUCACAGAAGUGGAUGAAACUGAGGGAACGACUCUACCGGAAAUGCCGAUUCUCACAGUCACUGUACAUGACGACGACGAGACCAACAAAUUUCAGUACAAGGUGCUUGACAAUAGUGGAUUUGGAGCAGACAAGUUCACUAUGGUAAGAAACAAUGAUGGCACUGGCUCGUUGAAAAUCGUACAGCCAUUAGACUUUGAGGAUCAACUCCAGAGUAAUGGAUUUCGAUUCAGAAUUCAAGUCAACGACAAGGGUGAGGACAAUGAUAAUGACAAGUACCAUGUGGCCUACUCGUGGGUUGUCGUUAAGCUGAGGGACAUUAACGACAAUCAGCCACAAUUUGAAAAAGCAAACAUUGAAACAACUGUACUUGAGGACGCAAGCGUUGGCAAUAGUUUAGAAACAUUUAGAGCCACUGAUCCGGAUCAGGGCGGCAAGAGCAAAGUGUCUUACGCUAUAGACCGGAGUUCAGACCGCAAACGACAGUUUCACAUCAACGAAAAUGGCACAGUCACUAUUCAACGAAGUCUCGACCGCGAGGAAACACCACGACAUCAAGUAAAAAUUCUCGCAAUAGACGAUGGAAUUCCGCCAAAAACAGCCACUGCAACGUUAACCGUCAUCGUACAAGACAUUAACGAUAAUCCACCCACAUUCCUGAAGGAUUACAGACCCGUGCUCCCUGAAUUUGCAACACCAAGGAGAGUAGUUGAAAUUUUGGCAACCGACAACGACGACAGGUCAAGAAGCAAUGGGCCACCCUUCACAUUCCGCAUGGAUCCAAAUGCAGAUGACAUAAUCAGAGCAAGUUUCAAAGUUGAGAGUGAUAACAAAGGGGCUAAUGGAGAUGGAAUGGCCAUUGUGUCGUCACUGAGGACUUUCGACAGAGAACAGCAGAAGGAAUAUUUAAUACCUAUUAUUAUCAAAGACUCGGGAAACCCACUGAUGGCUGGUACAAGUACUCUGACUGUUGUCAUUGGUGACAUUAAUGACAACAAGAUGCAGCCGGGCUCGAAAGACAUCUUUGUGUACAAUUACGCGGGACAAUCUCCAGACACUGAAAUAGGUCGUGUUUAUGUUUAUGAUCUGGAUGACUGGGACUUGCCAGAUAAGAAAUUCUACUGGGAGGGUCUUGAACACGCACAAUUCAAACUAGACGAGGAUUCCGGGAUGAUUUCAAUGAAAUCAGGAACCCACGAUGGCAAAUAUCACCUGAGAUUCAAAGUUUAUGACAGAAAGCACACGCAGACUGAUGUGCCAGCUAAUGUAACUGUAACUGUGAAAACAAUACCCCACGAUGCUGUACUCAACUCCGGCUCUAUCCGCAUAGCUGGAAUAUCCGACGAGGAUUUCAUUCGCGUGUGGAAUUACAAGGAUUCUAAAGUGACGCGAAGCAAGGCUGAUCUGUUUAGAGAUAAACUAGCUAAUUUAUUGGACAUUGAUAGGGACAAUGUUGAUGUGUUUAGUGUACAGAUGAGAAGAAAGCAUCCACCAGUGACUGACAUAAGAUUUGCAGCGCACGGUUCACCUUAUUACAAGCCAGUUAGAUUAAACGGUAUUGUUCUCAUGCAUCGCGAGGAAAUUGAGAGAGAUGUUGGAAUCAACAUCACAAUGGUGGGGAUCGAUGAGUGUCUGUACGAGAAUCAUAUGUGCCAAGGAAGUUGUACUAAUACUCUCGAUAUUAAUAAUUUACCGUACAUGGUGAAUGCUAAUAAGACUGCACUAGUUGGAGUUCGUGUUGAUGUGAUUGCACAGUGCACUUGUGGUGCGAGAAACUUCAGUACAACUGAGUCGUGUCGGACGAGUCCGUGUUACAAUGGGGGUAGGUGCAUCGAGGGACGAUUUGGAUUAACGUGCCAAUGCCCAGCGGGUUACAAUGGACCCAGAUGUCAACAGACUACCAGAAGUUUCAAAGGCACUGGAUGGGCUUGGUAUCCGGCCCUAGAGAUGUGUGACAAUAGCCAUCUUAGUUUUGAGUUUAUCACACGAAGACCCGACGGUUUGUUACUCUACAAUGGACCCAUUGUACCACCAGAGCCUGAUGAAAUUAUGGUUUCUGAUUUUAUAUCUGUGGAGUUGGAUCGGGGUGUUCCGAGGUUGCUGAUUGAUUUUGGUUCUGGUACUUUGGAGCUCAAGGUGAAGACCAAGAGGCCGUUGGAUGAUGGGGAGUGGCAUCGAUUAGAUAUUUUUUGGACUACAGAGACGGUGAGGCUUGUCGUCGACUUCUGCAAAUCCGCUGAGAUAUCAGAAUUGGAAGACGGAACACCGCCCGCAUUCGAUGACAGUUCAUGUCAAGCAACUGGAACAGUACCUCCCUUCAACGAAUAUCUCAAUGUCAAUGCACCCCUACAAAUAGGCGGAUGGUUUAUCGAGCAUUUCGACCAGCACCAGUUCAAGUGGAAAUCCAUGCCCAAUGGGAAGCCAUUCGACGGUUGCAUAAGGAAUCUAUUCCACAAUAGUAAAUUAUACGAUCUUGCACAUCCGGGGUUGUCAAGGAACAGUGUAGCAGGCUGCCCGCAGACAGAUGAGAUUUGCAAUAAUCAGGAAUCCACGUUCAGAUGCUGGGAGCAUGGCACGUGUGUCGGAAGCUUUACUGAGGCCAGAUGUCAGUGUAAUCCGGGAUGGACUGGGCCCAGUUGUAUGACACCUACCAUUCCUACGACUUUUAAACAGCAGAGUUAUGUGAAGUAUGCACUGUCCUUUGAACCUGAUAAGUACUCGACACAGAUCCAGCUCAGGUUCAGGACUAGGGAGAGCCAGGGAGAACUUUUCCGAGUCAGUGAUCAGCAUAACAGAGAAUACGCCAUUUUGGAAAUCAAAGGAAGUACCCUACAAUUCAGGUACAAUCUGAACAGUUUGAGAAUCGAGGAGAGGGAUAUUUGGCUGAGUGCCAUUGCCAUUGACGAUGGUCAAUGGCAUACCGUUAGAGUAUCGAGAUACGGUUCAGCAGCGACACUGGAAUUGGAUGGGGGUGAAGGCAGGCGAUUCAAUGAGACAUUCUCCUUUGAAGGCCAUCAAUGGCUCCUGGUCGAUAAGCAGGAGGGUGUUUACGCGGGUGGUAAAGCUGAAUACACUGGAGUGAGAACGUUUGAAGUUUAUGCUGAUUACCAAAAAGGCUGUUUGGAUGAUAUUCGCCUCGAGGGAAAACACUUGCCAUUGCCACCAGCAAUGAAUGGUACACAGUGGGGACAGGCAACAAUGGCGAGGAAUCUCGAGAGAAUGUGCCCAUCCAAUAAACCAUGUGCCAAUGUACUCUGUCCAGAUCCGUUCGAGUGCAUUGAUCUCUGGAACGAGCAUGCCUGCACGUGUGGAGAGGGAAGGAUACGUACGCCCGAUGGAAAAAGCUGCAUGGAUAAGAACGAGUGCAUUGAUUACCCGUGUUUGAAUGGUGGUAGAUGCAUAAAUCAAGAGCCACAUCUGCGCUACAAGUGUAUUUGCCCGGAGAGUUUCUGGGGUGAAAAUUGUGAACUUGUGCAGGAGGGACAGACGUUGAAACUCAGUAUGGGGGCGUUGGCUGCUAUUUUAGUUUGUUUGCUCAUAAUUCUCGUUCUGGUCUUAAUCUUCGUCGUCUACAACAGGAGAAGAGAAUCUCAUAUUAAAUACCCAGGCCCUGAUGACGAUGUGAGAGAAAACAUCAUCAAUUACGACGACGAAGGCGGUGGAGAGGACGAUAUGACAGCAUUUGACAUAACGCCUCUACAAAUUCCUAUCGGUGGUCCCAUCCCUGAGAUGGGUGGCAAGAUGGCACCCUGCAAAGUGGCCUAUCCCCUGGGGCCAGAGCCCAACGUUGGAAUGUUCAUCGAGGAUCACAAGAAGCGUGCUGACAGCGAUCCAAAUGCUCCACCCUUUGACGAUCUCCGAAAUUAUGCGUACGAAGGUGGUGGCAGUACUGCAGGCUCCCUAUCAUCGUUAGCAUCGGGCACCGAUGACGAACAACACGAGUACGAGUAUCUGGGCGCAUGGGGACCGAGGUUCGACAAACUAGCAGACAUGUAUGGCCCAACCGAAGAGAGCGAGGAAGAAGAAUAAAAAAAUAUUCAAUUCGUCUCGUAGGUCUCAUUAACUAUAAAUAACGAAUGAUGACAGAAGCAUCAUGAAUUCGUGGAAAAAAAUCGAAAGAUUGCGAGAAAGUAUAGAGAAAGAACUAAAUUGUAAGUGAAUGUAAGUUAAAACAUUAGUCAUGCCCAAAAAGAUGAGAGAAAAUAAAAAAAAAGGUCAUUCUUGUUCCAAAAACCAGAAGAGCACGAAACUUUGCAAUAAUUAUAAGCUCAUAAAACAAAAAAAUAUUUAUUAACUGCACCAAAAAACCUGAGAUGCAUGAAAAUACGUGUACUAUGCCCAAGAGUAUGUAAGACUUUUGUAUAAAUUCGUUUAUUUAUUUAUUCGACUUAAGGAAACGAUGAAAAGCUAAUUGUUAGAAUUUUUUUUAUAAUUUUUCUUCUCAUUCAUUGAUCAUCAUUCAUCAAUCACCAAAGUAUAUUGUAUCGUCCUACGUCUUUCGUCAACGACUCAGUGUUCGGUUUUUUCUACCGAUGCGUUUUUUAAUUAAAUGGAGGGAAGGAAAAAAGCUAAUGAAACGAUAUGAAAAAAAAAAAUAAACUCUAAAAUAUUUUUAAGAAGAAGAACAAAACCACAUACCAAAGAACAAUCGCUGAUAAUGCGUUCAUCUUUUUUAUACGUAAUAGUUAAAUGAAUGAAGGUCUCAAUUUUUAAACAACAACAUUUAAUUGUGUCCCUCAACAUUUAAUUUUCUUUUCUCUUUGAUGAAGAAAAUAAAACACAAGAACGAUAAACGAAUUUAUUAUAUAUUUACUGUUGAGACAGUUAAAUAAUUAUUAUUGAUAUGAAAGAAAAACAAAAAAACAUUAGAUGUUUGAGAUGUGCGCCGUGGCAUGUAAUGGAGUAUUAUAGUUUCUUCGCCACACUUUCAUCGUGGCUUCGCCAUAACUAGAUGAAUAUAAAGAAAGAAAAAACUUGAAAAAAAAAAUUAUAAUCGAUUAAUUCACAAUUUCCACUUCUUUGUCACGAGAAAAAUAUGAGAAAGAGAAAUCGUAAAAUUCCCAUCGCCAUUAUUAGAAGUAUUAUUGUAUGAUUAUCGAUAUUAUUACGUAAUAUAUGAAUAUUUAUAUUAGAUUACGCGCAAGGGAGCCACAGAACGCAGAAUCAUCAAUGAGCCUGAUGAAUGAUACUAUCGAAACGUGAAAAACGAUAAAGAACGAAUUUUUAGGGAUUAAACUAAUGACAAUGGUAAUUAGCUCAAUGGCAUCGUCAUUCAGUGUCGAAAUUAGCCAUUAAAUGACAAAGAUCCAUGAAAAUUCAAGCACUAAUGAUUAAUCAAGUGUUUAAUUACCCGAUUAAUCUCUCGAUAUCGACUGAUCAGUGAAAAAUUUCCAUGGAAAAACGAGGGAAUUCAUUACCCAGGAUAAUUCAUAGUCAAUUUACCGAUCUAGGGCGGUCCACAGUGAAUAAAAUUUAAUCCAUAAAUAAGUGGUACAUACGAAGAAAAAAAAGAAUGUGAUCGAUGUACGAAGAUAUGUAAUUAUAUUAAUUCACUCGACGAAGAAGAAAAUGAGGGAAAUCACGAAUCUAAAGAAGUCAUAAUAAUUCGUCGGAAUACUUAUACAGUUAAAGCCAGAUUAUUGUAUAAUUAUCCUACACUCAUUAUCGUAUUUAAUUAUAGUUUUUUGCGAUUUGUGAUAUUAAUUUUUUUCGCGUAUACGCUGUCCCCCAUAAAGUGGAAAAAAAGUAAAAAACCCUCUUCCUAGUCUAUCGUAUAAAUUAGUGUAAGAUUGAAUGUUUUCUUCAGAAGAAUCCUACGAAUCUCUUCCACAAAUCCCUUCCCGCAGUUCAGAGACGUAAAAAUCUUUGAGAAAACCUUCACACUUCCCCCAACUUCUUAAAAUUCAUUUAAUCCAUUCGAGACAAAAUUUCAUUUCCCCUUUGUUUUCCAUUUCUCUCGUUUCCGAACUGAACCAAAAAUUCUGAAGUUGAAAAAACCCGUAGUGUAUAAGCAGCGAGACAGUAUUUCCACAGACUGGCAUUAGUGAAAAAAAAAGGCAAGAGGAAAAGGUAAAUAUAAAAAAAGAGAUAAAAUAAUAAAAAAAAUACAUAGAAAAACAAAAAAGGUUUUAUCGUUAUAUAUGAGUUACGCCUACGUGCGUGUGUGCAGUGGCAUUAAAUUAAAAGAAUAAUAAUAGUUAGAUGACUGUUGUGUAUGUACAUUAAACGAGUCGUUAUGGAUUUUAUUAUUGAAUUAAUCGCGCUCCCUCGCCCUCACCCAUUCACCCCCCCACAAGACAGUAUCUCACUCGAUUCAAUGUCAUCAGGAGUCCUCUCCCUUCACUCACAAAUGUAUAUACGUAAUGUAAGCCAAUUGGAAAGAUGAAGUACAUACGUCCAAGUGGAAUUAUUAAUAAAAAAUAUUUCAUGCACAUGAUUGAAUUAUUAAUCAGCCUUAUCAAUUACUCAUUCACUUGAGAUCCUGCGGAGUCAUUUGCGUAAUUAAAUUCCCACUGCAUUUUCAAUUUCGUUAUUUAUUUUCAUCCGUGGAGAUGUUGAUUUUCAUGGACCUGGUCAUGGACGAUUGAAAAAUUGACUAAAAAAAUUGGAGAAUUGAUGACAAAAAUUACAUAUCCAUGAUCCCUUGACUGCCUAAUUAUUGAAAUUUUAUUGGGAUUGAAUGAAGAUAUUGAAUCGAGAGUGAAACGCUCAAGUAGUACCUCGAACAUAUUGUAAAGCCCAGACGAAUGAAUAAAAUAAAAUGAAAAAUGUUUUAACCAUAGCCGUCGUUGAGAUAUAAAGAGUCACACUGUAAUAUGUAUAUAUGCUGCCACUGAACACAUCUCAUUAGUACAAUUAUCAAUUAUAUAAAUAAUAAUGAAAUAAACAAUCUAUACAUUAUAAUCGACAAGAUGAUGAAAACCAACAACAAAUACGUAUUAUCAAAUUGAAUUGAUAUUAAUUGAUUAUUAAUUAUAAUUAUUAUCACUAUUAUCUAUACCAUUUGUACGUUAUACUUCAGUUUCGGACGAAAAUAAAAAAUGCCUUCUUUUUAAUAAAAAGGAUAAAUAGUA